GGAAAAAAGUUGUAAUCAACACACUUACUGCAAAGAAAUUGAUACUAUUCUUCUCAAUUGAUAUUAUUUCAAUCUCGUUGAGGAUCGAAAUUAGGGUUUAAUCUCUCCUCCGACCAAUGCGGUGGUUGCUGCAUCAGCGAAGGGUUAGUCCCUCUACUCCUUUCUCCAAACUCAAACAAUCGUUUGGUUUCACACAGACACGCGGUCUAGUCAACGUGAAGUUAAAAUGGGUGAAAGACAAGGAACUCGACGCCGUAGUAACUCGCGAGAAGCAUCUCAAAGCAGUCUGCAACCUCGUCUCGAUCAUCUCCUCUUCUCACGACACGAAAGCACCGAUCUUUCACCUCAACACUCACCGAGGCCAGCUCGGUCUGCCUCGAGACCUAAAGCUCGCGGCUUUCUUGAGGAGAUACCCCAAUAUCUUCUCCGAGCAUCAUUGUCGUCGCGACGGCGCAGGCACUCGCGUCCCUUGCUUCGGUUUAACCCCCGAGGCGAUAGAUCUUUACGGCGAAGAAGUUAGUGUUUCGCGGGUGGACGAAGAGGAUGUUUGUUCGAGGCUGUGUAAGCUUCUUAUGCUGACACGCGAGAGAACGCUUCCUCUGCAUGACGUUGAUCAUCUCAGAUGGGAUCUUGGUUUGCCGUAUGAUUAUAGAGCUUCCUUGGUUCGUAACCGACAGGAUUUGUUCGGUUUGGUUGAGCUGUCUAGUGAUCUCGUCGGUUUGAAGCUGUUACAUUGGGACGAACGCCUCGCGGUUUCUCAUCUGCAGCUUAAAGGUGAUGGUGUGGCAUUCCCGGUUAAGUUUACGAGGGGGUUUGGGUUGAAGAGGAAGGGCGUGGAGUGGCUGGGAGAAUGGCAGAGACUACCUUACACGUCGCCUUACGUCGACGCGUCUCAUUUGGAUCCGAGGACUGAUCUGUCGGAGAAGAGGAACGUGGGAGUGUUUCACGAGCUUCUCCAUCUGACGGUUGGGAAGAAGAUGGAGAGGAGAAACGUGAGCAAUCUCCGUAAACCGUUUGCGCUUCCGCAGAAGUUCACCAAAGUGUUUGAGCGGCACCCGGGGAUUUUCUACAUUUCGAUGAAGUGUGAUACGCAGACGGUGAUUCUUAGAGAAGGUUAUGAUAGGCGGCAGCUCCUUGAGAGGCACCCUCUCGUUGAUGUAAGGGAGAAGUUUGCGAACAUGAUGAACGAAGGGCGUCUUGAUAGAAGUAGAGGGAUGUAUAGGAAAUGUGUUGAAACGGAUUUGGGGAAGAAGAGUGGCAAGAUUGUUUAUCCGGCUUGGUCUGAGGAAGAAGAAGAGGAAGAGUCAGAAAAUUAUGGGAUAUCCAGAUACGAGUGUGACUGUCCUGUAGUUGAAGACAUUGAUAUGGUAACGGAAGGACAGAGACAGAGGUGGCAGUAGUAAGUUGGGCUGUAACGUCUGCUACAGUGAAAGCAAACAGGGCAUUGAAAAAGAAGACCACAUUUCUACAUCUGACUGUAUCAAUCUAAGCUUUAGGGGGCUUCUAAUGGGGUUUCCAUUUAAAUCAUUUCAACUGAAUCUGGUCUUGCUUUGACCCUGUUAAUUUCAUUCCGGUCACGUAAAUCUCAUUGGAUGGAACAACGCUACAGACACAGGACAAAGCUGCCUUUAGUCUAUCGGAGUUCAUGGCAUUGUGUUUUCCUAAAGACAAGUUAUUGGUUUGAGCCUUUGAGGUACACAUUGGAUCUUUCAUUGUGAGGUUAGUCCAUAUUGUCAUUUGACUCUGUCUCACAACAUAGAACAAAGUCACAGUAUAUUACAUUUCUAGUGUAAACACCUUUAGUCUAUCGGAGUUCAUGGCAUUGUGUUUUCCUGAAAACAAGUUAUUGGUUUGAGGUACACAUUGGAUCCUUCAUUGUGAGGUUAGUCCAUAUUGUCA